AUGCUCAAGAAGCCGUUGACUACUAAAGACAUCGACGUUAUAUCAGUUAAAACUGAAGAAGAUAAACUAUGGGAAGAAGAUGAGAAACCGUUUACGACUAAAACUUAUAUUUUCAACGCUUGUUUCCGUGACGCUGUACGAAAAGGACACAUUCUUAAACUUGUCACUCUAAUGAUUUGUGCUUUAAUUCACAUGUACUUCAUGAAUUCCUUUAUCAGGACCUUCGGUGCUUAUGAGAACAUGGUCAAUCAGAUCGAAACCGUUGGAUCUGCAUCUAGAGAGAACAUCAGUGAGCUUGACUCGAUUCGUUUUGUUCUCCGUGUUCUUGUAGAUUACAAGAAAAAUCUCUGGAUCACAGUUGGAGCCAUGUGCGCUCUCCUGGCCACUUCUUCCUUCUUUGUUCUUCUUCUGGAUGAGAGCAGAUUCAAUAAACUUAUUAAAGUUCUGAUCUGUAUUGUCGACAUGAUUGUCUUCACCGUUUUACCUUGUUUGUUCGUUGCUCGAAGAUUGAGUGCCAUUAAUCUUAAAAGAUAUUGGCCUGAUGCCUUAAACUCUGCGAAUGGAUUGACGAAUACCACCAGUUUCACAAAUGACCUCGGAUGUUCUAUUACUGAAUUAGAGAACGUUCCUUUGUGCUCGCAUGUUGUUCUUGCUUCCAUUUUCCCUAUCAAGGUUUUGGAGUAUCUCGUAAUUCUCUGUGUAUUGACUGGAGCUUAUAUAGCUCUUGCUUACUUAAUUGAAUAUUGUAUUCGACAUUUCUUCCCCCCUUCAAAUCGUUUGCAGAAAAUGAGAAAGGAGGCUCGUGAACCAUUGGUUCUUCCUCCUGUUUAA